AUGCCUACUGAUGGAAUUUCACCCAUGUUGGGGCAAUCUACUCCACUGAAGCUUCGUAAAUACGAAGGUCGACUGAGUGAUGACAACUUCCGAAACCAUGUCAUAGCUGCCAUCGGCGAGUUCCUCGGGACCACUUUGUUCCUCUUUUAUGGAUUCCUAGCAGCUCAGAUUAUCAACAGCAAACCUGACAAUCUUUCUGACGCUCCUAGUCUACUCCAGUUAAUAUUCGUUGCUUCAGCCUUUGGUGUUAGUGGUGCGGUCAACGUCUGGCUAUUCUACCGAGUCAGUGGAGGCCAUCUAAACCCUGCAAUCACUAUCGGUCUUACACUGAUAGGAGCUGUUCCAGUCACUAGAGCUUUAUUUCUCAUAUCCGUUCAGCUACUGGGUGGUAUAUUAGCCGCAGCUCUAGUAUUAGCUGUUACUCCAGGGUCUCUAAAUGUUCAGACCGCUUUGGGCAAUGCGACAUCUGUGAAGCAAGGUUUCUUUUUGGAGAUGAUUCUCACUGCUACCCUUGUGUUGACAGUGUUUAUGCUCGCUGUAGAGAAACACCGAACCACUCCCCUAGCACCUCUAGGAAUCGGUCUCAUUCUUUUCCUCGAUGUCCUCCUAGCUGCACAGUUCUCUGGUGGCUCAUUAAAUCCAGCACGAUCAUUUGGUCCAGCUGUUGUCGAAAUGAGCUUCACGUCAUACCACUGGAUUUACUGGUUCGGACCUAUCGCUGGUGCAGUCCUAGCAGCUGCUAUCUUCAAAGUUCUAAAGUUUCUCGCGUACGAGACUGCAGUUGCUGGACAGGACCAUGAUGGACUAGACGUUUACCGGCUUAUCGAUGAUGCCGGUGGCCAUGAAGUAGAUCGGGAAAUCCAACUUGAAGUUUAA